AUGCUGCCAGACGACCACGCCUCGAUCAACGCCACGGUGCUGCCGCUCCCCGACGGGGGGUGCCAUGGUCUGGUCAUGGACAUGUGCAACAGGCAGUGGUCAGACUGUCACGUGGACAUCAAUUGGACCUGGAUGUGCGCGUUCCCGACCCUGUGCAACAAACUCGACUGCACCGAGAGGGUGAGCUACCCGAACGUCCCCCAGAAAUACGAGUGCCGGUGCCUGAGCCCCUCCCUCGUCUCUGUCGUCGUCUCCCUCCCUUUCUUCGAGAUGUUUCUCCUGCGCUUCCGCUGGAGUCUGGCAUACCACUCCCCCACCCAGCACACCCUGCUGAGUCAGGUCAUUGAACUGGACACAUUGGAAGAGGUGACCUCUGGCAUUGUGCAGCAUCCGGCCAUCACACUGGACCCUGUUAUACAGGCGCAUAUAGACCAGUUCAACAAUGUCGUCAUCAAUGGUCACGUCCGCGGGGAUAAAGGACGGAGGGACUGUCUCUCGUUGUACGCUGAUACGUGUAACCCAGAGUUGCAGGACUGUGGGGUGGACUCGUCAUGGCGUUGGCUGUGCAAGUACCCGACCACAUGUGACGCCAUAGAGUGCAAGGACAGCCUGCAGUACCAGACAGUGCCGCUCCAGUUCCAGUGCGACUGUCUGGCACCCAACAAGGUCACAUUUCGUCUGAGGGACGGCGCCUACCCCAACCAACUCUUUAGGUUUCGCUGGGAUCGGACGCCUGAUGCGACAGAACAGAGGGCAUUCACAAGCAAAGUCAUCAGUUUUAAGACAAUCAGAGCCAACAUUAGCAACAAGCCAGUCGUGCUGACCGUAGACGGUUACCAUGGCAACUGCAGACACUGCAUCGUCCUCGGCAAGGACAAGCUGGUCGUCUUCGGCAGCUCCAACGUGAUCAACCCGUCCUUCAACCACCCGACAACCCAAUGUAGCGGGUUGUUUGCUGACGUGUGCGACAGGUCGGAGGGGGAAUGUUUGAAACCUGAGGCUUGGAGAUGGGUGUGUCAGUACAACACAAUGUGUAACCAGCUUGACUGUAAGAGCCACUCCUUUUACCCUGAGGGUGAGACCAGCGUCGAGUGCAGCUGCCAACAGAGCAACAGCAGAAACGUGCUGUUCGUCGCCUUCAACACAAGUCGCAUCGAGAACUUGUCCCUCUACCAGUUCAGAUUUCGCUGGGCGGCUAACCAGGACACAGACAGCGACACGACGACCGUCAGCAAGGAGUUUCAGUUCAAGUCUAUCUUUCUCCUGGAUCACGUGUACAUACCAGUGACAUACCCAGCGAACCAGCUCCACUCUGACGACAACCUGCUGAUCAACGGCUACCUGGGUCGGUGCUACCAGUGUCUGGUGCUAGAGACGGACCGGGUGGUGCUGUACGGACAGGUGCUCUACGAGAGUUCCACGUUCAUGACGUCACGGAAACCCUGCUACACGGUGUUUGUUGACUUCUGCUCCUGGGUGGACGUGGUCCAGUGCUCUAAAGCCAAGUGGAGAAAUAUGGGUUUCUUCCGAGCGAACUGCAACGAGCUGGACUGUACCGGUGUGGGUGAGAUAGGGGUGGGUGACACCUCAUUUUACUGCGAGAGUUCGGACCUCAAGCAGGAAAUCUUCAUCUCUAUUAGAGGCGCUCUCGUGCAUGAAAACCUGCACGUGCGGCUCCGCUGGGCGACAGCAGCUGAGAUGAACAGCGAGAUCUUGUCGGUGAGCAAUGUCUUCAGCUUCAGGACAGCUUUUGAGUCAGGUCACAUCAUCAAAUUUCUGAAGGACAAGACAGGUUUAAAAAAAGAACCACCUAGCUCCAUGAUAUUUGACCUGACCCUACGUGCCUGCAACGACUGCAAGCAGGCACACAACAGCUCCAUCUACCUGUACGGGCAGGCCAGGGUCAACACCUACAACUGGUUCUAUUCUAUGGACCACUGCCGCACGAUCUCUGCCCAGGUGUGUCAGACAGGCUGUACGGCUGAGGAGAACUGGACAACGGUAUGUAGUUUCCCUUCCAAGUGCAACCGGUUGAAACUACGCAAGAACGUGCCGUGGAUGCACGCCUCCCACGUCUGCGCGUCUGUCGAGGACAUGCCCGACACCCGCCUGGUCCUGGGGAUCUCCACCACUAGCGGCGUCUCCCGGUCCAACAAGUAUAGGCUCGUGUGGGCCGCCGCCACUGAGAAGAACGCCACGUCGGUCACCAGCAAAGCCAUCGCUAUAGAGGCGAUGUUUGGUGAGUACAUAGUCCAUAUUUAG